UGCCCUGAGUGUGGCGAUCGCUGCGAGGCGCGAGUGGAGGUGCUUGGACUCCCGGAGACAGGCAGACACUGUCAGGACCGCACCGGUCCGAUCGGCAGAGGCAGAUCUUAUUCUCUUUUCCAGUUUCUCACCAACUGCCCAGAGCUAGCGCCUGUGGCUCCCUGGGUUGGUGUUUUGGGGAGCGCCCAAAGAGCCCCUUCUCCAACGGCCCCCAGGAGGAGCGUCCCGCUGCCCAGGCGCCGCUGACAGCGCGGAGGAGAGCGGCGACUGACCGUCGCCCGGAAAAGUCCGGCGAGCCGCUGCCGCGGCAAAGAACUUUCCUGGCCCGGAGGGCGGGGGACCCGCGGCCCCCGGGUCCCGGAGCGAACUUUUGCAAAGCUUUUCCCCACCCGAAGCGGCGGCGAUCAAGGAAAGCAGGCGGCGGAGAGCAGAGCGCGGAGGGACGAGCGCUCAGCUACCUGCGCACCGGUUGCUGCUGAACUUGGGGGAGCGCGAGCGCGGCCGCUGGGCGCCCCCUCCCUCUUGCCGCGGAGGAGGGGACCAUCGUCGGAGUCCGGGCGGCGGAGACUCGCCGCCGGCCGGCCAUCGGCGGGGUCCGCGCCGAGUGCCGCCCCCGGGAGACCUGCUGUCGCCGAAGAGCGAGUCCGUUCGCGGGCGCCGAGGAGCCGCCGGCGCGGAGGAGCGCUCCGUGAGUGGCCGCGACUUUUCAAAGCCGGCGGCGCGCGCGAGCGGACAAGUGAGCGUGCGGGCGGCCUCUUAACCCUGCGCUCCCCGGAGCGGAGCCGAGCAGACCGGUGAGGAGGGCUCCGAGGGGAGGGAGGCCCGCGGGCGCGCGCGCUCCUCCAGAAACUUUCCUCGCCAAAGGCUCCGGCGGGAGGCGCGGGUGCCCCCGCUUGCCAGCGCGCUGUUUCGGCUCGGAAACUUCUUCGCGCAGCCCAAACAAACCCCACGCGAAGCGACGGACUGUUCUAUGACUGCAAAGAUGGAAACGACCUUCUACGACGAUGCCCUCAACGCCUCGUUCCUCCAGUCCGAGAGCGGCGCCUAUGGCUACAGCAACCCCAAGAUCAUGAAACAGAGCAUGACCCUGAACCUGGCCGAUCCAGUGGGCAGCCUGAAGCCGCACCUGCGGGCCAAGAACGCGGACCUCCUCACCUCGCCCGACGUGGGGCUGCUCAAGCUGGCGUCGCCCGAACUGGAGCGUCUGAUCAUCCAGUCCAGCAACGGGCACAUCACCACCACGCCGACCCCCACCCAGUUCCUGUGCCCCAAGAACGUGACGGACGAGCAGGAGGGCUUCGCCGAGGGCUUUGUGCGCGCCCUGGCCGAGCUGCACAGCCAGAACACGCUGCCCAGCGUCACGUCCGCGGCGCAGCCGGUCAGCGGGGCGGGCAUGGUGGCCUCGGUGGCGGGCGGCAGCGGCAGCGGCGGCUUCAGCGCCAGCCUGCACAGUGAGCCGCCUGUCUACGCCAACCUCAGCAACUUCAACCCCGGCGCGCUGAGCGGCGGUGGGGCGCCCUCCUACGGCGCCACCGGCCUGGCGUUUGCCGCGCAGCCCCAGCAGCAGCAGCAGCAGCAGCAGCAGCCGCCGCCGCAACCGCCUCACCACCUGCCCCAGCCGAUCCCGGUGCAGCACCCCCGGCUGCAGGCCCUGAAGGAGGAGCCGCAGACGGUGCCCGAGAUGCCCGGGGAAACACCGCCCCUCUCCCCCAUCGACAUGGAGUCCCAGGAGCGGAUCAAGGCGGAGAGGAAGCGCAUGCGGAACCGCAUCGCAGCCUCCAAGUGCCGGAAAAGGAAGCUGGAGAGAAUCGCCCGGCUGGAGGAAAAAGUGAAAACCUUGAAAGCGCAGAACUCGGAGCUGGCGUCUACAGCCAACAUGCUCAGGGAACAGGUGGCACAGCUUAAGCAGAAAGUCAUGAACCACGUUAAUAGUGGGUGCCAACUCAUGCUAACGCAGCAGUUGCAAACGUUUUGAGAAGAGACUGUCGGGGGCUGAGGGACAACGGAGAAAAAAAAUAACACACAGACUUGAGAACUUGACAAGUUGUGAGGAAGAGAGAGAGAAAGAGAAAAGAAGUGUCCGAGGACUAAAGCCAAGGGUAUCCAAGUUGGACUGGGUUGCGUCCUGACGGCGCCCCCAGUGUGCACGAGUGGGAAGGACUUGGCGCGCCCUCCCUUGGCGUGGAGCCAGGAAGCGGCCGCCUGCGGGCUGCCCCGCUUUGCGGACUGGCUGUCCCAGCGCAAACAGAACGUUAGACUUUUCUUUAACAUUGACCAAGAACUGCAUGGACCUAACAUUCGAUCUCAUUCAGUAUUAAAAGGGGGAGGGGGAGGGGCUGCAAACUGCAAUAGAGACUGUAGAUUGCUUCAGUAGUACUCCUUAAGAAUGCAAAGCGGGGAGGGGUCGAGAGGAGGGGAGGCGGGAGGGAGGUUUGUGAGAAUGAGGCUGAGCCUACAGAUGAACUCUUUCUGGCCUGCCUUCCUUAACUGUGUAUGUACAUAUAUAUAUUUUUUAAUUUGAUGAAAGCUGAUUACUGUCAAUAAACAGCUUCAUGUCUUUGUAAGUUAUUUCAUGUUUGUUUGUUUGGGCGUCCUGCCCAGUGUUGUUUGUAAAUAAGAGAUUUGAAGCACUCUGAGUUUACCAUUUGUAAUAAAAUAUAUAAUUUUUUUUUAUGUUUUGUUUCUGAAAAUUCCAGAAAGGAUAUUUAAGAAAAUAAAAUAUUGAAAAAGUA